AUGACUCCACCGCUCUUUCUCAUAUUUCUCUCCCUUUUCCUAUCAAUCCCAUCCGGCCCGGCCCGGGCCCAAACACACCCAAAACCCAUCCAUCCCCGGGCCCUCCUCCUUCCCAUCACCAAAGAUCCUUCCACCAACCAAUACAUCACCACCAUCUCCCAGAGGACCCCUCUCCGCCCCAUCAAGCUCACGCUCGACCUCGGCGGCAAGGCCCUGUGGGCCGCCUGCGACCGGGCCGAAUACAACAGCUCCACCUACAAGCCCGCACUCUGCGGCUCCCAUCCCUGCACGGUAGCCAACUCAACCUCCUGCGACAAAUGCUGGGACGGGCCUCGGCCCGGCUGCAACAACAACGCCUGCUCGGCCCUCGUCUACAACACCGUCGACCGGUCAGCCCAGGCCGGCGAGCUGGCCACUGACGUAGCCGCCCUCCGCUCGACCGACGGCUCCAACCCGGGCCCCAUCGUGCGCGUGCCCGACCUCUUAUUCACCUGCGGGUCCCGUUUUCUCGGCGAGAAGCUCGCCAAGGGGGUCAGGGGCAUGGCGGGGUUCGGGAGAACCGAGACCUCGCUCCCCUCGUUGCUCACCGGAAGCUUCCAGAUCCCGAAGAAGUUCGCGAUCUGCCUAAGCUCGUCGAGGGGCGUCGCGUUCGUCGGGAGCGGGCCCUACGUGUUCCUUCCCGGCGUGGACGUCUCGGCCCGGCUCGUCUACACGGGCUUGAUCGCCAACCGGUUCAGCACCGUCCAGCCCGUGAUCGACGGCUUUCCGGACAAAUCGAGGCCGUCGACCGAGUACUUCAUCGGCGUGCGGGCCGUGAGAGUCAACCAACGGGCCGUGCCGUUGAGCCCGAAGCUGCUGAAAAUUGGAAAAAAAGGGGAAGGGGGAACGAAGAUCAGUACGGUCGAGCCGUACACGGUUCUGCGGUCGGUGAUUUAUAGAGCGGUCACGAGGGCAUUUGUGGCGGCAAUUUCGGGGGUGCCGAGGGUGGGCCCGGUUGGCCCGUUCGGGACGUGUUACAAUGCGUCGAGCCUAGGGAGCACGAGGGUCGGUCCGGGGGUGCCGGCGAUUGAAUUUGUGCUGGAGAAUAAUGCCACGUGGACGAUCUUUGGGGGGAAUUCGAUGGUUACGGUGAGGGGAGGUGACGUGGCGUGCUUGGGAUUCGUGGAUGGGGGCGAAAAGGCGAGGACCUCGAUUGUGAUUGGAGGAUAUCAGCUUGAGGACAACUUGUUGGAGUUUGAUAUGGAGAAAUCUAGGCUCGGGUUCAGUUCCACGUUGUUGGGUCGUCAGACCAACUGCGCUAACUUCAAUUUUACGGCCAAGGCUUGA